GCGCGUCGCGUCGCGCGCUGCUGCUUGUCUUCGACGCUCAUCAUCAUGAACGGUAUUCGCCUCGGCAGGCGCGUUGUGUCGUGCCUCAGCAGCCACCCUCUUCUACGUCCUGGUGUUUCUUCGUUGCGUCUAAGUCAUCCUGCCGCACGCUCAUACGCAUCCAUCUCCCCCUCCUCCUCCAACCUCACGCCCUACCAAAUAUUCGACCGACAUGCAAAGGAGAUCCAGAAAGACCAAGCUGCGUCCAUAGAAGGGGGAAAGCGCAGCAUUACCGUCGACUACUUGCGCGACGAGGUAGCGGACAGGCUCAUGGAGAGGUUUCUCGAUAUCAAGCGGGAAUUUGGCUCCGUGCUUGACCUGGGUUCCGGCCCUGGGCACUUCUCCAAACUGCUGGAGGCACCGAGGGUGAAGAAGAGCGUGAUGCUGGAGUCGAGCGUGAAGACUCUGCACCGAGACCCGGAUAGCGCUUUCAAAAUCCCAAUUGAACGCAUUCACUUUGACGAAGAACGACUUCUUGAACGCAUCCCGCGAAAUUCGCAGGAGGCCGUCGUCUCCUGCCUGAGCAUGCACUGGAUCAAUGACUUGCCGGGUGUGCUUGUGCAGAUCAGGGAAGCAUUGCAGCCGGACGGGCUGUUCCUCGGCGCUAUGCUAGGCGGGGAGACGUUAUAUGAGCUAAGAUCCUCCCUCCAACUCGCCGAAACCGAACGCGAGGGCGGCCUCUCGCCCCACAUCUCCCCCAUGACCGGCACCCAGGACAUGUCAAACCUCAUGGGGAGGGCAGGCUUCACGAUGCUCACCGUUGACACGGACGAGGUGAAGGUGGCAUACCCAAGUAUGUGGGAGCUGCUAGAGGACCUGCAGUCGAUGGGCGAGUCGAGCGCGAUUGUUGGGAGACGACCGUACAUUCAUAGGGACACGCUGGCGGCGGCUUCGGCGAUAUAUAAGGCGCUCCAUGGCAAUGAGGACGGGUCGAUACCCGCGACCUUCCAGAUCGUCUAUAUGAUUGGCUGGAAACCUUCGCCAAACCAGCCGAAGCCGGCGAAGAGGGGAUCUGGCGAGGUCAACCUGAAGGACGUAUUCGAGACGAAGUAAUUCGAGCCUUUUUCUGCGAUGGGAUACAUACGACCUCUUGGUCCUUAACGUGAAAGUACCCCAUAAGUCGAGAAGUUCUGCGGGUAUAGCUCCGGCAAAAAGUUUCCAAACCUUACCUGACAGUGGAUAAUGAACGCCCAACGAUGCAUAUGGAGGGAGUUGGCCG